AUGCCAACAAAUGAAAAUGCGCGCAAUGAUAUGCGAAAUGAAUGUGAAAAAGCAUAUCGUGGAAACGUAUACGAACUGGCAAAAAUCGAUGAAUUCUUUCGAAAUUAUACACCAGACAGUUGUAUUUCGCGGUAUACAAAAGAUUCGUUCAUUUAUUGGUUACUUAAUAAAGCUUUUCGAGCAGAAAAUAUUGACAUAAUUUUCAAAUUUCGAUUUUUCAUCGUUGAUCUUCAUCAUAAAGUGGAAGAACUUCAUCGACCAUGCACUGGCACCUUGUUUCGUGGUCAAACGAUGUCUGUUGUUGAACUGCAACUAUUAAAAGAGAGUAAAAAUAAACUUGUUUCUGUAAAUACAUUUUUUUCCACGACAAAGUCAUCAGAUCGUGCGAUAGCUUUUAGUGGAGAAGGAAAUGGUUUACCUAAAUCAGAGGCUAUUUUAUUCUAA